CUAAAAUAAAACUCCGUUGUGAAUAACGUCACGUCUAAAUAAUUUGUAUAAUUCAAACAAUUUUCACAUGUUUUAAUAUACAGACAUCAUUUUUCAACAUGGCCGAUAAAGGCGGCUAUAAUCCUUAUGAAAAUCGAAAUGUGGCUAAGCCGAUAUCUGAUUUUGGGGCAUUUGUCUUGCUACUGAAGUGCGUGGUGGGUUCUGGAAGUUUGGCCUUGCCCUUGGCUUUUUACUACGCUGGCAUAGUCAAUGGCGUGGUGUUGCUCUGCUUGGUUUCCUUCAUGCUGAUCCAUGGUAUUCAGUUGCUGGUUUAUAGCAUGGUGGAGUGCUCCAGACGCAUGGAGGUUGGCUAUGCCACCUUCCCGGAAGCGAUGGUCUACUCUUUUGGCCAGGGACCCAAGUGCUUCCGGUAUUGCGCCAAAGCAGGAGGCUGGAUAGUUGAUAUAGUACUGUGUGUUUCGCACUACGGCGUCUGUGUGGUCUACUCGGUCUUUGUGGCAGUCAACUACAAGCAGCUUUUCGACUACUAUGUGGGAGUGUGGGAUCUGCGAGCGUUUGUUGCCGUCAUCGGACUUCUCUUGAUGGCCCCCUUCAUGAUACGCCAGCUGAAGUAUCUGAUACCCUUUAACAUACUGGCCAAUAUCCUCAUAUAUGUCGGAUUUCUAAUGAUGAUGUACUACCUGUUCGUGGAUCUUCCGCCCAUAACGGAACGAGCAAUCUUCUUUGGAGCAGUGGAGAAGUUGCCUUUAUUUUUUGGCAUCGCACUAUUCUCCAUCACUUCGGUUGGAGUGAUGUUGGCCAUCGAAGCCCAGAUGGCCAAGCCGCAACAUUACAUCGGUUGGUUCGGCGUUCUCAAUUUGGCCAUAAUUCUGGUCUUAGUCUCGUAUAUUUUCUUCGGAAUCAUGGGCUAUUGGCGCUACGGGGACCAAACAGCUGACAGUGUCACACUCAACAUUCCCACAAAUGAAGUCGUUGCGCAAGUGUCCAAGGCAUUUAUAGCCACCUCCAUAUUCCUGACUUAUCCACUGUCGGGUUACGUGGUCAUCAACAUUAUAAUGAACCAAUACUGGAACAAGAAGGGCGAGCUGAAGCAUGCGGUGCUGAAGGAGCUGAUCCUCCGGGUUAUUUUCGUCUUGCUCACCACAGUCAAUGGGAUACUUGUCCCCAAUUUGGGUCCUCUGUUGUCGUUGGUCGGUGCCUUUACCAUAUCACUGCUGAAUCUGGUCUUUCCCGCCUUGAUCGAGAUUUGUUUGUACUAUCCGCCGGACUAUAGCUAUGGCAAGCUGAAGUGGAAGCUCGUCAAGGACAUACUUAUCGUAGUCAUUGGCCUAGUGAUCCUAAUCCAGGGCACAAUCUUCUCCAUAAUAGACAUGAUUGAGGAGUAUGGCGGUGGCAGCGAGGAUACAACUACCGAAGAAAUGGUCUCCACCGAAGGCAACACCACCGUGCUUACCACCGCCAUUAAUGUAGCUACAGGUGCACCUGCCGAGGAACCGGCUUUUAGAUAUUUCUAAGCCACAUCGAUUGGAAUACGUAUUUGUAAUAUUUUUGCAAGGUAACAAAUGUGGUUACAGGAAUUUUAGUUUAACAAAUUUUUAAAACUACUUUGGCCAUUUAUGCAUCAAAAUUUAAAGUUAUAUUCUCGGUAACUAUUUUCACAAAGCUUUAUAUGUAACAACUUUGUUUCGAAGAAAUAUAUGUAUAACUAUACAAUA